AGAUUGCACAUAGGACCCAGAGGAAAGUUCAUGAUGGGUUCGAAAUCUCGACGUCGGUCCAGAUCUAGGUCCAAAAGUCGAAGCCGAGACCGACGGAACCGGUCAAGGGUGAGCAGGUCUCAAUCUGUGGAGGAAAGGAGAGGGCGGAGUCGGUCUGCGGACCCCAAACUGCCCGCCCGGGCCCGGGGACGAUCCGGCAGCAGGGACUCCAGCGAUGGCUCCCUUGAUCGACGUCGGCCUCAACACCGGAGCCGAGCAGGUUCUAGGAGCGACUCGGAGAGUGAUAAGAGGCGAGGACCCCGGCGAAGGAGCAAGUCAGGGGGCCGGUCAUCCAGUUCUGACUCGGAUGAUGCCAAGAUGAGAAGAAGAAAGGAAAUGGGGAAACGGAGAGAAACAUCCAGAGACAGGAGAAGGGGAAGGUCUGGAUCCAGCUCGGACUCUCACAAUGAAAGCAAUGACAAAGAGAGGCGACGAAGGAGGAGUCCUGACCGAGGGAGUCCAGUCAGAGACAGAGACAGACACAGGAGAGAGCGGGAAAGGAGGAGGAGCAGCAGCGGAGACAGGGAGAGAAAGGGAGAUGGGGACAAAAGCCGAGAGCGAAGGAAAAGGAGUGAAGAAAGGGAGCGAGGGAGGAGAGAGAGAAGCAGGGAGAAAGCAGACAGAAACAGAGGUAGGCAUCGCUUCAGUUCGCCUGAGUCGUCUGAUAGUUCAGGGACCAACCAAGAAAACUAUAUUGUCAAAGAAAAGGAGGAAAAGAAAAAACAGAAAGAAAUGAUGAAAGCUCUGGAAACGCCUGAAGAAAAAAGAGCCAGACGACUGGCAAAGAAGGAAGCAAAGGAGAAAAAAAGGAGAGAAAAGAUGGGAUGGAGUGAAGAGUACAUGGGAUAUACAAAUGCAGACAAUCCCUUUGGCGAUAACAACUUACUGGGCACAUUCAAGUGGCAGAAGGCAUUGGAUAAGAAAGGCAUUGGCCAUCUUGGAGAAAAGGAGCUGAAAGAAAGAAACAAAUGUAUUCAGGAGGAGAACCGCAGAGAGCUGCAAAAGGUGAAACAACUCCGUCUGGAGAGGGAACGAGAGAAGGCCAUGAGAGAAACAGAGCUGGAGAUGCUGCAGAGAGAGAAAGAAGCAGAGCAUUUCAAAACCUGGGCUGAACAGGAGGACAACUUUCACCUGCAGCAGGCCAAACUAAGGUCUAAGAUUCGAAUCCGAGACGGUCGUGCUAAACCCAUCGACCUUUUGGCGAAGUACAUCAGCGCAGAGGACGACGAUCUUGCUGUUGAGAUGCAUGAGCCUUACACCUUUCUCAAUGGACUUACGGUGACCGAUAUGGAUGACCUUCUGGAGGAUAUAAAGGUCUAUAUGGAGUUAGAACAAGGGAAGAACGUGGACUUCUGGAGGGACAUGACAACAAUCACUGAGGAUGAGAUCAGCAAACUGAGAAAGCUGGAGGCCACUGGGAAAGGACCAGGUGAUCGUCGUGAGGGGAUCAACACAGCAGUGAGCACUGAUGUCCAAACAGUCUUCAAAGGAAAGACGUACAGCCAGCUGCAGGCGUUACACCUGAACAUCGAGUCCAAGAUUCGUUCUGGAGGAUCCAAUCUUGAUAUCGGUUACUGGGAAAGUCUGCUGCAGCAAGUCAGAGUCUACAUGGCCAGAGCUAGGUUGAGAGAGAGACACCAAGAUGUGCUGCGGCAGAAACUGUUCAAGCUGAAGCAGGAACAGGGAGUGGAAAGUGAACCUUUGUUCCCAAUCAUCAAAGAAGAGCAGAGGAGUGACGAGGAUGAGAGGCAAAGGGAAACUGCAACAGAUGAACCCGGUCCCUCCUCAUCAUCCUCAGCCAAAAAUAGGAACAUUGUAUCUUCUGACGAUGAUGAGGAAGAGGGCCCGUCCACAUCAGCGGCAGGAAACCGUGGCGAAGGUGAAAAGAGUGACAAGGAGGAAGAGGAGAAGGGUGAGGUAGUGGAGGCAGUUUUGACUGAGGAAGACCUUAUCCAGCAGAGCCAAGCAGAGUAUGACUCUGGUCGCUACAGUCCCACGCUGCUCAUGGCCUCUGAUCUGCCUCUGGACACACAUACGAUCACCCCGGAAGAAGACAUGACCAGGCUGCAGCUGGCACGCAGACAGUUACAGGUCACAGGUGAUGCCAGUGAAAGCGCAGAAGACGCCUUUGUACGUCGCGCCAAAGAGGGAAUGAACAACGAUGAGGCCCAGUUCAGUGUGGAGUUCCCAAUCACAGGGAAGAUGUACUUAUGGGCAGAUAAAUACCGUCCCAGGAAGCCGCGCUUCUUCAACAGGGUCCACACCGGCUUCGAGUGGAACAAAUACAACCAGACACAUUAUGAUUUUGACAACCCACCACCUAAAAUUGUCCAGGGUUAUAAGUUCAACAUCUUCUACCCAGACCUCAUUGACAAGCGCUCUACUCCGCAGUACUUCCUCGAGCCCAGUCCUGACAAUAAGGACUUUGGGAUUUUAAGAUUCCAUGCAGGUCCUCCAUAUGAGGACAUUGCUUUCAAGAUCGUAAACAGAGAGUGGGAAUAUUCACACAGACACGGUUUUCGCUGUCAGUUUGCCAAUGGGAUCUUCCAGCUGUGGUUCCAUUUCAAGAGGUACCGCUACAGAAGAUAAGACAUCACAAAUUAAAAUGGACCAGGACCCAGUUAUUAGGGUUUCAUCAUUUGUUGUAUUUUUUGCAUUACACAGUCCAUAUGGCAUUGUAUUGUUUUAGCUGCUUUGUCACUCAACAGAAGUUGUCUGAAAACUUAUUUGUAAUGUAGUAUGAAAAUUACACAUUAAAGAUUUUCCUUUUUUACUGCUUCUC